GCGGUCGGGGGGCGCGCCGCCUCCCGGCCCCAAAUAUGUGAAGCGGGGAGGGCGGAGACGCAGAGACGGCCCGGCUGGGCGCCCUCGCCGCCCUCCGGCAGCCGCGCCGCUCCCCUUCCCCGCCCGCGGAGGCCGCGCCGACCCCGCCGGCCGCGGCCAGAGCAGCGAAGCCGCCGAGUCCCCGCGCCCCCCCGCCUCGCUCGGACCCGGCUUUGGCCCGCAGCGGGUUCGCUGACGGGACGCGGCGGGAGCAGGGCCCGGGACGGUGCGUCUGGCCUCGCCCGCGGCUCCUCGCCCAGACAAGUUUGAACAAUGAUCACAGUCAACCCCGAUGGGAAGAUAAUGGUCAGAAGAUGCCUGGUCACCCUGAGACCGUUUCGGCUCUUUGUCCUGGGCAUCGGCUUCUUCUCACUCUGCUUCCUGAUGACGUCUCUGGGAGGCCAGUUCUCUGCCCGGCGCCUGGGGGACUCCCCCUUCACCAUCCGCACAGAAGUGCUGGGAGGGCCGGAGUCCCGCGGCGUCCUGCGCAAGAUGAGCGAUCUGCUGGAGCUGAUGGUGAAGCGCAUGGACACGCUGGCCCGGCUGGAGAACGGCAGUGAGCUGCACCGGGCUGCUGGGGACCAGCACUUUGCUGUGGACAGAUACGUCGACAUCUGGAUCCCCGGUGUCUAUGAACCGGAUCUUACUUGGAAGUGGGCCUUGGCCGAUGUUUCCCCCUGGGGGCCGGCCUCAUGGAGCGGGAUCCAGGCCAUCGCCCAGAACGUGUCCGACAUCCGCCGUGAGAGGUGGACCAGAUCCUGCCGCCACAGCCUGCUCCUGCACAGCAGGUGUCUGAAGGCCGGCGGGACCAGUGUGAGGCGCCCAGUGGACCCCAAGUUCCCUGAUUGCUCAGGGAAGUGGAGAGGUCCUGGCCUGAGGGACCUCGGUCCCCAAGGACAUGCCUGCAGAGAGCCUGCCAAGGGUAUGGGGUGGGGCUGGUGCCAGCACCCUGGCCUAGGCUGGCCCUCUCCACAGUGGAUGCGUGCCCGCUGGACCUCGGACCCCUGCUACGCCUUCUUCGGAGUGGACGGCACUGAGUGUUCCUUCCUCAUCUACCUCAGUGAGGUUGAGUGUUCUGUCCCCCCACUGCCCUGGAGGAACCAGACGGGCCGCCCACAUGGCCCCCAAGCCCCCUCCCCAAAGUCCAGGCAGUUUUCCCGGAGCAACCUGUCCCACCUCCUGGAUCUGAUGGGCAGUGGGAAGGAGUCUCUAAUCUUCAUGAAGAAACGGACCAAGCUCACGGCCCAGUGGACGCUGGCUGCCCAGCGGCUGCACGGAAGCUGGAAGCGUCCGGAGGGACCAGAGCAGUUACUGCUUCUCUGUAUUCUUGUUCACAUCGGCUUCCUGACGGAGGAGUCUGGUGACGUGUUCAGCCCGAGAGUGCUAACGGGCGGGCCUCUGGGUGAGAUGGUGCAGUGGGCAGACAUCUUGGCCACUCUCUACAUCCUGGGCCAUGGCCUGCGGAUCACAGUGUCCCUGAAGGAGCUGCAGAGUAACUUAGGGGGUGCCGCCAGGCCGGGGAACUGUCCGCUCACCAUGCUGCCUUUCGACCUCAUCUACACUGACUACCACGGCCUGCAGCAGAUGAAGCAGCACAUGGGACUGUCCUUCAAGAAAUACCGGUGCCGAAUCCGGGUCAUUGACACCUUCGGGACAGAACCCGCAUACAACCAUGAGGAGUACGCCACGCUGCACGGCUACCGGACCAACUGGGGCUACUGGAACCUCAACCCCAAGCAGUUCAUGACCAUGUUCCCUCACACCCCGGACAACUCCUUCAUGGGUUUCGUGUCCGAGGAGCUCAACGAGACGGAGAAGCAGCUCAUCAAAGGCAGCAAGGCCAGUAACAUGGCCGUGGUGUACGGCAAAGAAGCGAGUAUCUGGAAGCUCCAGGGGAAGGAGAAGUUCCUGGGCAUCCUGAACAAGUACAUGGAGAUCCAUGGCACCGUGUACUAUGAGAGCCAGCGGCCCCCUGAGGUCCCAGCCUUCGUGAAGAACCACGGCCUCUUGCCACAGCCCGAGUUCCAGCAGCUGCUACGCAAGGCCAAACUCUUCAUAGGCUUUGGCUUCCCUUACGAGGGCCCCGCGCCCCUGGAGGCUAUCGCCAACGGCUGCAUCUUCCUCCAGUCCCGCUUCAGCCCGCCCCACAGCUCACUCAACCACGAGUUCUUCCGAGGCAAGCCCACCUCCAGAGAGGUGUUCUCCCAGCAUCCCUAUGCAGAGAACUUCAUUGGCAAGCCCCACGUGUGGACCGUCAACUACAACAACUCGGAGGAGUUUGAAGCAGCCAUCAAGGCCAUCAUGAGAACCCAGGUAGACCCCUACCUGCCCUACGAGUAUACCUGUGAGGGGAUGCUGGAGCGAAUCCAUGCCUACAUCCAGCACCAAGACUUUUGUGCAGCCCCAGGCCCUGCCCCACCAGGGGCCCGGGCCCCACUGAGUCCCUUCGUCCUGGCCCCCAAUGCCACCCACCUGGAGUGGACCCAGAAUGCCAGCUUCGCCCCCGGGGCCUGGCCCCCAGCACACUCCCUCCGGGCCUGGCUGGCCACCGCUGGGAGGGCCUGCACGGACGCGUGCCUGGACCACGGGCUGAUUUGUGAGCCCUCUUUCUUCCCCUUCCUCAACAGCCAGGACGCCUUCCAGAAGCUGCAGGUGCCCUGUGACAGCACCGAGUCAGAGAUGAACCACCUGUACCCGGCCUUCGCCCAGCCCGGCCGCGAGUGCUUCCUGCAGAAGGAGCCUCUGCUCUUCAGCUGUGCAGGCUCCAGCACCAAGUACCACCGGCUCUGUCCCUGCCGAGACUUCCGGAAGGGCCAGGUGGCCUUGUGCCAGGACUGUCUUUGAGGGCGCCCACCUGUCUGGCCCUCCCUGCCGCCGGAGAAAGCACCAGCAGAUUCCGAGCUCCAGUGACCCGCCCUCCCCUCGACGCCCCUGCGCUGGAGCUUCUUCUUUGGCCAGGAAGUGGGCAGAGCAGACCUGUGCACAGGAUUAGGGGCGGGCCACUCAUCCACGGGCCGAGUGCCCACCCCAGGCAGGCUCCUCGACCUCGUCCCGGGGCUCAUGGCAGCGUCGUAGCCAAGCAGCUCUGGGAUUGGUCAGGGGCCCCAGUGGCAGGAGCAGGUGGUCAGAGGCCCCUUGCUUUGGGCAAGGCCAAUUCUGGACCAGACUAAGGGCCCUGGUCCUUCUUAGGCCCAGGAUAGGGCCUCAGAAUGUACGCGGAGGGAGCAGGGGCGGUGUGCCCGAUGGCCCGCUGAAGGGUCCAGGGAGAGGGGAGUGAUGUGUGAGGGGUCGGUCUUGUCCCUCUGUGGUUGUUUGGGGUGUGGACAAAAGGAACAAGGGACUGGGGGACCCUGUUCAUGCCUCCUCUCAGCCCCACCCCUCCUGCCUUCGCCAUCUCCCCCUCCCUUCUAUACUUGGGGGGGCGCAGCAGGAGUGGGGGGCCACCUGGCUCCUGGGUUGAACUGUUUCCCUCUCCUGCUUGCUCCAGCUCUUUCCACUUUGGGCUUCUCCCAAAACUCAUCUUGGCAUGACUGCGAUUCCAGGCUGUGGAUUUGUCCCCAGAGCCUCAGUCCCCAGCCCAGCAGGCUCUGGAACCCCACCCCCCAGCAUCUCGUGUCGGCAAAGGCUUGGGGUGGAGCUUCGGCCCCAUGGCACGCCCAGCCCAGCUCCUGGGUCCCAGGCCCACUAGCUCCCAGGUAGCCCCCACCCCCUCGAUGCUGCCCGUCCCCACCUCCAGCUUCCUCCAGCCUCAAACCACCCCUGCACCCAACUGUCAUCUCUGUAUGGUAUGCCUGCCCCAGCCCCAGGAUGCCCCUUCCCCUCCUCCCCGUGCCCAGAGCCCUGCCUGUUUAAACUGGUAGGGCCUUCAGAGACACUGCCACCCCACCCCAUUUUAUAAUCCCACCCGCCACCCACCAGGCAACUCCCCGCCCCCCGACCCCAGGCCUGCCCCUCCACCCUGCCAGGGAGGCAGCCCAGGCCCUGAGAGCUGGCAGAGGGGAGCCAGCCCUUGUGGGGCUGAGCAGGGGCCCUCCCAUCCAAGACCCCUCUCCGGGCCUGGGUGGCCCCUGCGGCGGCAGAAACUCAGUGGUCACCAAGGACCUGACCUGUCGGGGGAAAGCAAUAGAGACACUCUUUUCUCUCUCUCUUUUUUUAAAGAUUUAUUUCUUGAAAUAAUAAAUAUUUUAUUGGGAUGUG